CGGGCUUCCCCUCCAAGACUCCAACAGUCCAACAAAAUCACCCAAGUUGGGCGAGUAUCUAGAUCCUCGCCUGGGUUCCACGAUUCCAUGUGCAAAUUGCCCAAUUUCAAACCGGAGCUGACAUCUACCGUACCGAACCGUAUUGGAAUAACGAACCCACCCUCGGAUACGAUCAUGCGAAACGCCGGGAAAAAGAGGAGCAGUGGAUGCACUAAGUAUCCGCAGACACCACUAAUACUACAUGACGUGUCGCAGGCUUCCAUCGCAAACCUCCACUUGUCGCAAGGGUUUGACCGAGGAGUUCAUGCACCAACAUCGUCUCAUCUACUUGCUCAGUCCUUCCCUCAGUUCUUUUCGCAUUUAUCAUACUGAAACGUCGCUGUCUACGAUAGUGAACCGUGCGCCACUUCAAAUUACCUUUAUACCUUACUUGCUGAAGAAAUUCCCCACCCUACCAUGACAUCUCAUCAACCCGCCCAGUGCUGCGCUGUCGGAGUCAAGCAUGAGGGCGAAGCUGCUGGCGAGGUGAAGUUGGUUGGUGAUGUUGAGACGUACUUCGCCUAUCCAAAGGACAAAUCCACCACCAAUGCCAUCCUGAUACUCACCGAUGUGCUCGGUCACAAAUUCAUCAAUGUGCAGCUCAUUGCGGACCAGUUCGCCGCCAAUGGCUUCUUCGUCGUCGUUCCCGAUCUCUUCCAAGGCGACCCGGUGCCCGUGAACGGCGAGAACUUCGACUUCGGCAAAUGGCUCCCGAAGCAUCACACCGGCCUCGUCGACCCCGUCGUGUCGGCCACGCUCAAGCAUAUGCGUGAAGACCUGGGAUGCAAGUGGAUUGGCGGUGUUGGAUACUGCUUCGGUGCUAAGUAUGUCGCGAGGUUCCAGAAAAAGGGAGGAGGUCUUGAUGCAGGAUACAUGGCACAUCCGAGCUUCGUGGCUGCGGAAGAGUUUGCCGCCAUUGAUGGACCGCUGUCGAUCGCAGCAGCAGAGACUGACGAAAUUUUCCCGGCUUCCAAACGCCAUGAGUCGGAAGCGAUUCUCAACAAGAUGGAUAUUGCCUGGCAGAUCAAUCUAUUCAGCGAUGUGGUCCAUGGGUUUUCCGUGCGUGCCGACCUGAGCAACAAGCGAGCUAAGUUUGCAAAGGAGCAGGCUUUCUUGCAGGCGGUGACCUGGUUCAACUAUCAUGUUACGGCGUGAGUAUUACAUCCCACUCCCUACGGGACAAGCCUGCUGGUAAACAUGUCGACUGAGGAGGACCGUCGAAAUUGUAAGGAUUGCUGCCUGACCGACAAAUCUUGAGACUUUUGUGAUGGGACAUUGCAAGCUCGAUGAGUGUAGAAUCACUCGAUUGUGACUUAGGUUAUGAUGAGAAAAGGAAUA